AUGAAGGGUAUUGCCGUGCAGAAGCGGGAAGGUGAAGUUCACCCGCCUCCACCUAAGAUUCCGCGGCUUAGUGAGUCAUGGGCGUCUGACGCGCACUCACAAAUGUCGGCUGGGGCAUAUCCACCACACCCUAGUGAAAUGGCGGUGGGCGGUGCAGCCAGUGCUUUGGAUGCAGAUGCCUGGGUGGAGGAGGAGUCUGAGCUAGUGUCUGUUGAAGCCGUCGACAAAUUGUACACAACAAAUCAGGAAGGAAAGCCAGGUCCUCAACAUGACGUUUCGACUACUCUGUGGCGUCAUACGCCACUUUCUGUAGGAGAGACACACAUAAGCCCGCCGUCGAGUUUCGCGUUUGGCAGAGCACAUAGCGGUGAUGACACGACAACGCCUGAAGCGUGGUUGGUCGGCUCCUCGGCGAACUCGGAUGAACAGGACCUCCAACAAAGAGUAGUGAGCACUGUUGCACGACAUCCAACUGUGGAGACGAGCUCAGUUGCUUCCACCAGUGCAAGGUCUUUGCAAACGUCUAGCAAGCCUGGACGUGGAGGCGCCGGCAGUAUGCCACGUGCAGACGUUGGUCAGGACCGUCAGGUGCAGUCAACUGAAAUGGACGCAGCGCAACAGCUUCAACAACCGGCAGGCGGAACAAACGUUUCGUUGGAUGCGUUGGAGGGGUCAUUGUCUGCUACAGCUGUGCGGGGAACCAGCAGUGGAGGCAGGGAACCCUGUAUGUCUAAGGACAUUCGUGAGCAUCCUUUUGUGCGGCUGCCAGUGGUGAAUCCUGAGGACAUCCCCAGAAAUUUCAGAGAACUGGUUUUCCUGCCUUGUGACAUACAAGCGGAUAGCCCAAUGGAGGCAUAUAUGGUGAAUCGGAAUAUCAUCCUUUUGUGCGGCUGCCAGUGGUGA